GGCUGUGGAUAUGAUGUUCCUCUCUACGGUCAUCUUGGUGGGGCUGGCGUUGAGGACGGUGGCCGCGGAAGUGCCUUCGGAGUACACCCCUCGCCUGACGUCCGAGAAUAUAGGAGGGAGGAUCACCGCUUCCACCUUCGUCCUGGACCAACCCCGCUGCGUCUUCAACGAUGCUGUCAAUGCCACCGAUGAAAUAUGGCUGCUGGUUGCCCGCAGCAAUGCCCUGAACAAUUUCACCCUUCCCCGUUCCCCCAACGAAUUGCCUUACCAGCAAUUUGAGAAGAAUUCCUUCUACACAACUUUGAACACCAUCCCGGCAAACUACCCCUGUCCGGAUCCGGCACAACCAAGCAACCAGCUCGCCAUCCUGCGGGUGGGGAAUGAAGUCAAGUGCGCUUCUGAUCCCACAAGACCAGAUUGCAACGGUCCCCUCCCUGGGCCAGGACCCUACCGAGUCAAGUUCCUGGCCUUUAAUUCCGAAGGCGUCACAGCCGAGACAAAAUGGUCGUCUGAGAUCCCACUGACUCAAGGGAAAAACCCGGCAACCAUCGACACGUGGCCCGGGCGCCGAAGUGCUGGGAUGAUAGUCAUUACCACCAUCCUCUCCAUCCUCUCUGCCAUCCUGGUGGCGGCCCUCAUUGCUGCUUUACUCUACAAAUACUCUGACGUCUGUGGCAGUGCCGAUAUCGUGAGCGUGAGGGACCUGACGAUAACCCGCUACACCACCCAUCACAUCUAUGACCAACCGGCUCAGAAACUGUGAUGCGCUUCUCCGUCUGGGACUGUCCCAUCAUGGCAGUCUGCCAUUUUGUGUCUCCUACUCAUACGGAGGAACUCACAAUGGACAUGUGCUUGGAAAUCUUGGACCUCCGAGGGGAAGCUUUGCCUUAUAGAAUUGUAGAAGGGUUGGAAAACACCUCCAAGGGCCAUCCAGUUUGAACCCAUUCUGCCAUGUGGGAAUACACAAUCCAAGC